CCCGCGCCAGUGGCACAGGUCCCCAGGGAGCAGGUUGGCGCGCGGCUGUCCUGUGGCCGGUGUAACGACCGGCCCGGCCCGGGGGUUAAAGCUACAUUUAUUCUGAAAAUCCAUCAGUCUUGCCUGUUGUUUUGGUGUCAUGGUUGCUUACACAUAAUUAGAUAAUAUCUGACAGAACAACUACUGAAUAUGGCCCUGAUGGAGACCAGUGCCACAUGAAAGGCACUUUGUUCUCAACCAGAAUCUCACUUGUAAUUGAAGACUGAAAGUGGUACAUCAGUCACUAUGUGCAUUGGUUUUUCACUCCUGAAAUAAACAUGAUGAAAACAGAAUCUUCAGGAGAAAGAACAACCCUCCGAAGUGCCUCUCCUCACAGGAAUGCUUAUAGAACUGAGUUCCAGGCAUUAAAAAGCACCUUUGACAAACCUAAAUCAGAUGGAGACCAAAAAACAAAAGAGGAAGGAGAGGCCUCUCAGCAGAGCAGGGGGAGGAAAUAUGGCUCAAACGUCAACAGGAUUAAAAACCUAUUUAUGCAGAUGGGCAUGGAGCCCAGUGAGAACACUGGAGUUAUCCCUAAAACCAGAGGGAAAGGUGGUCCCCAGUCUCCUCAAAGAAGAAUUAGACCCAAAGAAUUUGUGGAGAAGACAGAUGGUUCAGUUGUAAAACUAGAGUCUUCAGUUUCAGAAAGGAUUAGUAGAUUUGAUACUAUGCAUGAUGGCCCUUCCUAUUACAAGUUUACUGAAACUCGAAAGAUGUUUGAGCGAAAUGUUCAUGAAGUGGGACAUUCCAAUCGCUAUUCCCCAAAGAAAGAGAGAGUAGUUUCCAAUGAACUCCAAGAUGAGUGGUGUAGCUCAAAGUCUAAUAGAGGCAGUUCUGAUUCAUUGGACAGUCUUAGCUCAAGGACAGAGGCUGUCUCUCCAACAGUGAGUCAGCUCAGUGCUGUGUUUGAAAACACUGAUUCACAUAAUGUGGUCAUUUUAGAAAAGUCAGAAAACAAUGAAGAAUACUCUGUAACUGGUCAUUACCCACUAAACUUGUCAUCUACUGUUGCAAAUCUACCCUCUACCGUUUCAAACCUUGAUGGAUUCAGUCCCUUAAAAGAUGCUAAUGCCUGGUCCUCACCAGUGAAACAAACUACAAGUUCUGUAUCUGCUGAGACCAUCCAGCAAAAUAAUACGUCUUCUACAAUAAGAGAAGAAACUUCUAAAAGCACUUUGCCAGUAUCAAAAACAAAUGAAGAAAUAAGGAAGAAUAAAGAAGCAAGUUAUGAAACUGUUGAUGCCUGUGUGACAACUAAGCAAGAAUUGGCCAGCAUAAUUAACAGGGAAAAACCUGAAGAAUCCUGUGCCGGGACUAAGGAAAAAAUAGAUUUAGAAGUUUCUUUACAACAGAAAGAACAGUCAGAAAAUGCAGAGGGUGUUUGUGUUGGCACUGGAGCUGCAGAAAUAUCAAGAACAUUGGUAGCGAGUUGUGGUUUUGCAGCAGAUGCAGUUUCAGAUGCUACUGAAUCCCACUAUGAUGAUGCAAGUGGAAAGGAAGUCCAAGAAGACUUGAAUGCCUUUCAGAGUUCACAUGUAUAUAUGCACUCUGACUAUAAUGUCUACAGGGUGCGAUCAAGGUAUAAUUCUGACUGGGGAGAGUCAGGAAUGGAACAGGAUGAUCAAGAUGACAGUGAUGAAAACAACUAUUAUGAGCCUGAUGUGGAAUACUCUGAAAUUAUUGGCUUGCCAGAUGAAGAUGAAAUUCCAGCAAACAGAAAAAUUAAAUUUAGCAGUGCUCCAAUCAAGGUUUUCAACACAUACUCCAAUGAAGAUUAUGACCGGAGAAAUGAUGAAGUUGACCCAGUGGCUGCAUCAGCUGAAUAUGAACUUGAAAAGCGUGUGGAAAAACUGGAGCUUUUUCCAGUGGAACUAGAAAAAGAUGAAGAUGGACUUGGCAUCAGUAUUAUUGGAAUGGGAGUUGGAGCAGAUGCAGGUCUUGAAAAACUGGGAAUAUUUGUCAAAACAGUAACAGAAGGUGGAGCAGCCGAAAGAGAUGGCAGGAUCCAAGUAAAUGACCAAAUUGUAGAAGUGGAUGGAAUCAGUCUGGUUGGUGUUACACAGAAUUUUGCUGCAACAGUUCUCAGAAACACCAAAGGAAAUGUCAGGUUUGUAAUUGGACGAGAAAAGCCAGGACAUGUAAGUGAGGUUGCUCAGCUGAUUAGCCAGGCUCUCCUGGAACAACAUUAUGCACAAUAUGAUGCAGAUGAUGAUGAGACAGGAGAAUAUGCUACAGAUGAAGAAGAUGAAGACAUGGGACCUGUCCUUCCAGGAGGUGACAUGGCCAUUGAAGUGUUUGAUCUUCCUGAAAAUGACGACAUGUUUUCCCCAACUGAGCUGGACACCAGCAAGCUUGCUCACAAAUUCAAAGAGUUGCAAAUCAAACAUGCAGUUACAGAGGCAGAGAUUCAAAAGCUGAAGACAAAGCUACAGGCUGCAGAGAAUGAGAAAGUGAGGUGGGAACUAGAGAAGACCCAGCUCCAACAGAAUAUUGAGGAGAAUAAGGAAAGGAUGAUGAAACUAGAGAGUUAUUGGAUUGAGGCCCAAACGCUGUGUCACACUGUGAAUGAACACCUCAAAGAGACUCAAAGCCAAUAUCAAGCUCUGGAGAAGAAAUACAACAAAGCAAAGAAAUUGAUCAAGGACUUUCAGCAAAAAGAGCUUGACUUCAUCAAACGUCAAGAAGCUGAGCGAAAAAAAAUAGAAGAACUGGAGAAAGCGCACAUUGCAGAGGUUCAAGGUUUACAAGCUCGUAUUAGAGACUUGGAAGCUGAAGUUUUCCGGCUGCUAAAACAAAAUGGGAGCCAGGUUAACAAUAACAAUAACAUUUUUGAAAGGCAAACAUCUUUUGGAGAAGUUUCCAGAGGAGAUCCAGUGGAGACCCUAGACGUAGAACAAGUGUCUUGUCUGGAUGGCUUAAGUCAAGAUUUCAAUGAGGCGGUCCCAGAAACAGAAAGGCUGGACUCAAAGGCACUGAAAACUCGAGCCCAACUUUCAGUAAGGAACAAACGGCAGAGACCUACUAGAACAAGACUCUAUGACAGUAUCAGUUCAACUGAUGGAGAGGACAGCCUUGAACGAAAGCCUUCAGACAGUUACAGUAAUCCCAUGCACAUUUCAAAACCACCUCUGCCCAUAUGUAUGAGAGCAUCCUCACCAGCAUCAGAUUCUGGUGCUUCCUCCCUCUCCCCAAUGGCUAGCAGUGCAACCUUCUCAUUUGACAACGUAGCUGAAAACCAAGAAGGAGGACAGCACCACAAAGGAGGUGUGCUUUCCCAUUAUGCUCGGGGAGACACUCCACUUUCCUCUCCUUCAAAAUCCGGUCACAGUUCUGAAACAUCUCCCUUGCAUCACCCAACGAACAGGAAUGUUUUACAAGAUGAAGAUAUCCUAGGUGAUCACACAGGUACCCAAUCAUCAAGAGCAACCAGCCCUACUAUGGGGCAAGCAGAAAAAAUAAAGCGCAAACUUAUGGAUCUUGGGCGUCCCUCAAGAAGGAGUUCCCACAAGAGCAAGAAAUGGAAAGAGAGAGAAGUCCUUAGGGUGACCCGUUGUACCAGGACCACUAAAGAGAUGCUGGAGAGUUCAGCAACUAAUGCAUCUGUGUCAGAGCAAUCCUCCUCUCUUCCCCAUGGCAUAACCUUCCCAUGGUAUGGAGAGAAUGGCAGGGGAUCCAACUCCUCCAGCAACAUUCCUUCAUCUACCAGCUCAACUGAACCAUCCUCUGAAAACCUAAGUCCAUCUAAAAAAGGGUCCAAGAAUUUCACAUUCAAUGAUGACUUCAGUCCCAGCAGCACAAGUUCAGCUGAUUUGAGUGGUUUAGGAGCAGAACAGAAAACCCCUGGUUUCUCACAUUCCUUAGUGUUGUCAUCAGAUGAGAUCCUUGAUGAUGGACAGUCUCCUAAACACAGUCAGUGUCAGAAUCGUGCUGUUCAGGAAUGGAGCAUACAGCAGGUUUCCCACUGGUUAAUGAGCCUCAACUUUGAACAGUAUGUUUCUGAAUUCACCGCCCAAAACAUUAAUGGAGAGCAUCUCCUUCAGCUGGAUGGGAGCAAACUUAAGGCCCUUGGUAUGACAUCUUCUCAGGACAGAGCAAUCAUUAAAAAAAAACUAAAGGAAAUGAAACUAUCCAUAGAGAAAGCUCGAAAAGCUCAAGAAAAAAUGGAAAAGCAAAGGGAAAAGCUUAGGAAAAAAGAACAAGAGAGACUUCAGAGGAAGUCAAAGAAACUAGACAAGUUUUCAUCAGAUGCAACAGAGGGCGCUAAUGAGCAAUGAUGAGAUGAGAAUUACUACGUUGGUUUAAUGUGGAGACACUUCAGGCAAAGAAACUUAAGUUGUCUACAGAACUCCUCUCUUUUUCUUGUAAUCGUUACCCAGGAAUAUGUACACAAAUAUGAUGCCAUAGAGUGAAUAGGGAAGUUGAUAUUGUGUGGCUUCAUUUUCCUGCAGUUACAAAACAUGCUCUUAUUUUUGGACCUUUUAAAAAAUCCAAACCAUUAUUUUAUUUUAUUUGUUGAUGUAGAUUGCAAGCCAGGUAUCCUAUUUUGGAGAAACAUUGAAGGGUUUUCUUUUCAAGCCACUGUUUUGUAUUGGGCUAAUUGUGUUUGGUCACAUUGGUAAUCAAUGUGACAAAGAGGGAAGUGGUCCAUUUUGAAUGGGUUCCUUGGUUGUCAAUUGCAAUGAUCGAUGGAGAUGUAUGAAUUUGGGUAACUGGAGUUAUUCUCACAUCUGUUACCAUUGACUCAUCUUUCUAACUGGAAUCUCAACUUUACACAGCUCUGAUAGUUAGUUCUGUCUGCUGGAUACAGCUACAACUUGCAUCUGUACCUUGAAAUGACAAUGUUUUGCAAACAAUUGUUCAGUUACUCUUCAUUAUGUUCUGGAGAUAAGGACAGGAGAGUAACUACCCUUUCUGGGCAAAAGGAGGGAGGUUGGCACUGUUGUGAACUAUACAUUAAUUAGCCAAGAAGGAGGCAAAGCCAGUUUACAAGAGGUUUUGAGAGUAACAUUUAUUGUACUGCCUUCUGGUGCAAGGCUGACUUUCUAACCUUGGCACAGCAGGUAGAUCUUAUAGUACAUUGGUCACUGGGCUUCUGGAGUGUACAGAUAAACUUUCCUGUAGCACACUAUGAGCUUUCUUUUCCAACAGAUUCUGAAAAGAAAACUGGGUGUUUUUGUGGGGGUUAAGGAAAAUACUACUUCUCCAGAUUCCAUCUCCACUGUGUGCUGAGGCCAGUGUGCUUUGUGGUCUGCCCUGUAGAGCUGUGAUCUAAUCACAACCUCUGUCUGCUGAAAUGAUCUCCAAAUUUGAGUCUAUUAAAUGCUUUCAGUUUUUAAAAAAUGCUGCUCAAAGAAAAACAAGAUUCACUUAUAUUAAGACCAACUAAUAUAGGUUACAAUACAGAAGAAGACUAUUCAAUGCAAAGCUGUUGUGCAGAAUCUGUUUUUAACAGAGUGUACUGUGGGCACCCCCACUCAAAAUUCAGCCUUCCGCUUUGCAGAAUGUUUGGAAUGUUUAAAAUUGGUUGUCAGCUGCAUAUUUCUGAGAUUUCUUGUAUACAGAAAUGUCUAUUAACGAAGCAAACAGUACAGUCUGGCACUGUGUGGUAUUACAGUCUCUUAGCAGUCUCUAUUCAAAUCUUCAUUAUUUCGCUGAAUGAAUGGGGGAACAACGAGCAAGCUUACAUAAUGGGAAGAUGAAGAUAUUGCAUUAUGGCUUUGUAGUAAGUGCUUACUAUGUAGUAGCAUUUAUAGGUUAUAGCAACAUCCGUUCUCUUUAAUGCAUUCCAUGGGUAUUGAUGUAAGUAGUAAUCUGAAUAGUCAGUCAGUCAUGCAGCAGUUAGCUCUUAUUUAGUUAGCUGUUGAUGCAAAAAAUGAUUUUAAAGGGAUUUAUUUUCGUGUCAAAUCCUUGACAUUUUCCUUUUUAUUAUUUUAACUUCUUCUGAAACUCAGAAUUCUGGAAUGUCUUAACUGGGAUGUUAUGUUCAUUUGUCAAAUUUUCAUUUGAUUUUAAUAUUUUUACCUGUUGAAAGCUCUGUAAAUAGAUGCAACUUAAAUCACUCAGUUCAAAUAAUCUGACAAAUCUACUUAGCAAUGACUUCCUUUUUGUUUCCAUAUCUACUUUCUACAUGUUUCUGGCAUAUAUUUCAUUGAUCUAUAUUGAAAUUGCUGUGAAGGACACUGUAUUAAACAAUGUUGGUAUUUCUGGUGAGUCUUUGCAUUUCCUAGUGUGGCCACAGAGGCCAUUAGUGGAGAAAUAUAACUGUGAGGAGAAAUCACUUCUUCAGCUGAAUCUUUCUAUCUUCCUUAUAGGAGACAAAUUAUGCUAUAGUGUCAUCACAACCUGGUGAUACUAGCACGAGGUUAUGAAGUUAUAUUUAGAUAAGUGAAAGUUAUCUGAAAGAAACUGGAAAUAGGCUAUUUUAAAUACAAUGUUGAUAAAUGCACUGGAUGAUCAUUUUCUUCUUAUGUUAUGUUUACAUGAUGGUAAUGUUUUAAGUGGUUGUAUAUAAUAGACUGUAGGCACAUUCCUAUUUAUGUUCCUUAUCUUUUUAAAAGCCCAAGGCAGACUGCUGUGUGUUUAUGUAUUGAUUUUUCAUUCUUGCUGUUUAGAACAGUGUCUAAUUAACCUUGUGAAUCAGGUUCUUAUUUUGCAGAUAUCUAAUUUUAUUUGUGUGCUAGUAAUUAUUGAUUUUACUGUUUUAUAGAAACUUUAGAGUUAAAUGGUGAAUUUAAACUUGUAAUUAUUUCAGUUUAAAAUCUAACUUUAAAAGAGAUUUAAUUAGUUAAAAAAGCAUAAAAUGCAAAGUAACUAAUGAAAACAAAGUGGACCAAGCAGUAUGAAUUCUUCUCUUCCUUCUAUGAUAAGAUAUAUUUUAAAGAUUCUUUUUUAUUAAAGGUAGUCAUUAAUGUAUGGCAUUAAUGUAUGCUUACAAUCAAUAUCACAAUCACAGUGUUCGUGACCAAUACCAUUUGAGUUAUUAUCUCUAUAAGACCAUAAAAGGUUGGUCACAAUUUUUGUUCACAUAUUGAGAAAAGGUAUGAAUGUGCCCAUUACAUAUCUAAUUCAAAACUCAGAAUGCCUUUAACCACCCACUGUAAGCUCCCCUAAGAACAAUUCUGCUCUAGAAUAGUGUAUUACUUCUAUCAUAUCAUAAGAAGGAACAGAAUGAACCAAUGUCCUGUAUGGAAUGAAGAGAGGACUAGUCUGCUCCCAGCCCAUCUGGCAGGGUAUCUUCCAUAAAUGUGACACAAUUACUUUUAUGGCUCCCUGAUCCCUGGGCUGCCACUUAGCCAUCCCAAUUAGUAAGAUAGAGCAGUCUCAGGUAUUCUGUAAGGUGUGCCAGCUUCUUUGGGGCUAUUCUGCAGCCAAGUGUCCCUGGAGCAUAUCAGCACUCUGACCAUACCCUCACUAAGCCAGCCAGCCUGUGCCACUCUAGCCGUUAGUUAUUCUCCUGUGCUGGCGCACUCGCAGGUUAGUUCACAUACACCCUCUUUUGUUGUGGUAGGUGAGUUCUGGAAGCUUUGGAUCUGUUAAUAGCAGUAGGUUUGGUAACCCAAAUCUGUGUGUUUAUGCAUCUAGCUAUCAAGGCUGUGAAAGAGUGAAUGAAGGAGGCAGUGUGUGGGAUUUUUAAGAUUAGGAAAUAGAAGAUGCAAAGGUGCUCUCAUAGCCUUAGCCCCAGAAAAGCUAGUGCCUGCACUGAGAUCCAGUGGUAGAGUUGAAACCCUUCUGGAGCAAAAGGGCAGAGUUUUUUUGUACAAACUGCCAAAUACGUAUGGGUCUCAUUCCCUAUUGCCUUGCCCCUUCUGGAACCAUUUGCAUGUGGGCAAGUGAGUGCCAAAAGCUGUCAUUCUAAUCAGGUGGUGUUAGACACCCAUCUUGUACCAGUGUAAAUGAUUACACCAAGUGCAAAGCAAUGAGGAAUUCAGCCCAUUUAACACUGCAUAAUACAGAUUGUUAUCCACCAGAUUUUGCAUUUCAUCUGCCUGCCUAAGCAGAACUAAUGAUGUUCAUGUACAUAAAUCACAUCAAGUAAAACUAAAUAAUGGGACAAAACCAAAAAGCCAUACAGAGCUGGGCUAUGUUUAUAUACCAGCUUGUGUGGGUGCUUUUAUACUAGUAACCAUUUAUUGUGCCACGAUGGAGACUAAGACUCUGCUGCAUUUCUACACAAGUGUUCAGAGGAUCUAGAGCAGCAUUUUCCAGAAGCCACAUCAGUCCUCAACUCCCAGUGAUGGUAGAAGGAAUUGAGGCUGCUUAUCAUCUGGGCAACCUCAGGUCUGAGCCCUGCCACUGUGUGUACACAUGCCUGCUACCAGCUAGGUAAUUGUGUGAGACAGGCAACCAGAGGUAAUGGUGCUCUCCUGGGAAGAUCUUUGGCAGGAGUACAGAUUGUGUUCCUGUAGAAAUCAAAGGCAGAAAUUUCAUUUUGCAUAUGUGUGAUUUGGACAUGCUGUUCUAAUCUAAUAACCUGUGCUAUGAACCAGAAAAUCAGAAAGUUUUGUAUUUGCAUAGCUGUAUUUCUUUAAAAAGUAUCUUAGAGUGAUUGUACAGGGUGCCAGAUCUGGGAUUUAAGGAAAAUUUUCAGAACCAAGAUUUGUAUGUUAAUUCCUUAGCAGUGUGUUCAAAUGGAUAGAAAAAUUGUUGCGACUCAGAAAGGGAGGCAACUAUAAUGUUGUUCUGGGACCUGAUCCUGUCUCCAUUGGAGUUUUUCUCAUUAAUUUGGGGAGGCAGAAGGAGGAUUGGACCUCUUAAUAGCACUUGCUUAGUUCUGUGCUAUGCCUCGAGGAGAAAGCGGGCAAACUUGUUUAUAGCUAUUAUUCUGUAAGCUUUGAAAUCUCAGAACAUCUUUGAAAAAUAGAUGUUUGAAAAAGAUAGCAUGUAUUUGAGCAACCUGGAAGUCUUAUCAGUUUGAAUGAAAGGGGCAAAGUGCACAGAGAUUUCUUUUUAGUCAGUGAUUUAGAAUAUUAAAAUAAAUCUACAUUUCUAGAAAUGAAAAUGAUGGAGUUUGUGGUUUGCUUUUUAACAUACUUAUGCAUUUGUGUGUGGACAUAAAAAUGCACACAAAAUAUACACACUGUAUUGAAGCAAUUAAUAGCAGGGAAUGCAUACAUAACUGAGAUGUAGGGCUACACAUGCAUAAAACACACAUCAAAAGUUCUGAUAACAUGAUGAAACUAAGGAGAGCAAUGCUCCAGCAAUUUGUAGCAGCUGUAUAACUCAGAUGUGUUUCCAGCCUCUCUCUGUUUCCAUGUUAUGUUUUAUAUACUGGAUCACAAAAUUUUUAACAAAAACAUGUAUUCAAGUCAUAUACAGACUAUUCCUCUGUACAUCUCUCUGCAUGUUGUCCUUGUGGUCGAUGGGAUUGAACUAGUAUUAUGAGAGAGAAACUUUUUGUACAUUUUGUAAACUUAGCUUUGAUGUCUAACGGAAAGCUUUGAGCAGUUGAUUAUUGGGCAGGAUUGUGAUGUCAGAAGUGACUCAUCCAAUCAUCACACAGUUAAGCUAUAAAUUGUGCAUGUUGCACAGUCAUUUUCAGCAAAGCUUGUAUAUGUUUUAUUGCAGUUUCUCCAAUUUAUAAACUGUCCUAUUUGAAAGCUGUGAUAUAGUCCUAAAACUGGCCUUCUUUCACUGUCUGGCACUGCAACAGACUUUUUAUUUUUUUAUAGCCAGUAAAUGAUGACAAAGGAUGUGUAUAUCCUUAGGAGGCUUUGCCUUUAGCUCUGUGCUGCUUGUUUUUCAGAAGUUUGGACUCUUAGACACACAUCUACUAGUUUUUCAAGCCUAAUUCUGUGUGAUGUUAAGGGCCCUUCAGCACUUCUGACUUUGGAAGAAGGUGCUCAGCAUCUUACAGGAUCAAAAGCCAAAUCCAGUUGAUAUUCUUCUCGGUGUGAGUUUUGCCAUUGACCCAGAAUGAGAGCAGACUUAAGUGUAAAUGCAGGAAGACUCACAAAACUGAUGAAGUGUCUAGAAGAAAAAAAAUGACAUGGAUCGAAAGACAAUAAGGAACAAACAAUCCUCAAAUGUAGAUGACUUGGUGCACAGUGAAUCUCCCCAAAAUAUAUUUGCUUUCCCUGACUUUUACUGUCAUAACUACUGCUUUUGUAUUUUUCAGUGGUGAUGUAUUUAUAAAAUGACAAGUGUUAUACUUAUUGCUAAAAGACCGGGCAGCUAAGAACAGAAAUGCACUGUGCUCCACUGUAAAAACUGGCUUCUUUUAUUGUUUGUUUUUAAAUCUUAGAAGGGGAGAAGGUUUAAGUUUCAGAAAUUUUUAAGAUCAAAUGUAUAUGAGAAUUGCAUGUUAUCCUGGACUUUUGGUUUAUACAUUUUGGUGUCUAAUCAUCUGCAUGGAAGAGACAAUAGUGCCCUGUCUAACCUUGUUCUCUUGUGCUUGGUUAAUAUGUACUUCUCUAGAUUGUUGAGUUUCCAUAAACAUUCCUUUACAUUUGGUUAUUUGGAGGCAUUCAAAGCAAAGCAUCAUCAUGGUGGCCCUUUGUUUUCUUACAGAUUUAAAAAUAAGCCACCUCUGAUUAAAAUUAAUUUGUUAGCAUAAAUAAAUUUCUUGCCAAUGAGUAUUAUUGUUGUUAGACAACGAAUGCAAUAAAGAGAAAUACUGAAAGUUGUUACAAGAAUUUUUAUUUAGUCUUCACGCACUACAUUAUUCAAGAAUUUAAAAACUUAUCUAGAUUGGACGACUGCCUUAUCUAGGUCUGUCUAUUGCAGAAUAAGAUAAAGCCACACAAAUUCUUAGUGCAUAGUAAGUUUCCAUAUGGCAAGCUAGCAAUCCCUCAGCUAUGUCUCCCUGUAGGCAAGCCCUCCUUAUGCUUCUAUUGGCUUUCACUUAAAUAAAUGGUGCACAAAGGGUGUCAUGUAGCCCAUUGGGCUUCUAAGUGUGGCCUGCAAGACAUUUUGUUCUGUUGCCCACGUACAGGGUUGUCAGAUGCUGCUGGUUUCUGUAAGGCUUUUAUUUCCCUACUGCUGUUACUAAAUUGAGAGGUAUGCAAAGAAGGGCAUGUGACAUGAGUUGCAUGCUGUGUUGAAAAUUGUUUCGCAAUCUACCACUUGGAGUGUAGGAGGAUUUUAAAAGGAUGGCCUGAGUGCCCUAGCCCCCUAGGGCUCUCUAGCUGCACCAGAGCAUUAGGGGCAGAGUUUUGCAGCCAGGGAUGGAGUUCCCUGGUGCCACAGCCUGGGCUGGAGCUCUUGCUUCUGCCACAGUGCUAGGCUGCUGCAGAGCUCUGAGUUCAGUGGCACCCAGGAACAGGAGAACAGGGGCCAGAGCUCCCCAGCCACA